GGAAUGUUUGAUAUUAAAUAGUCUGGAGGAGGUGAAAGAGUGGGCUCAGAGUUAAGUUCAGCGUUCAGCUCAGCAGAAGGUGAGGUGGUCAGUGAAGCGGUUCAGGACUGGAUGGAAAUGUGUCAGACUGCUCAGCCUUUCUCCCCCACUUAGUUUCAAGCCUCCACUCAGUUUCACACAAAAUGCCGGGCGACGGCUCCACCAUAAAGAAACGCAUCCGGAAGCUGCUGCGUUCUCCGUCAGUCAGACUCAAUAACCCCGGGAAGAAAUGUCUGACCGCGAAGGUGACUCUGGAGAAGGUCCUGGGUAUCACAGCAGCGGGACACAGCGGCCUGGCGUGCGAUCCCCACUCUGGCCUGGUAGCCUACCCUGCAGGCUGCGUCGUAGUCUUGCUGAAUCCCAAGAAGAACAGACAACAGCACCUCAUAAACACGUCAAGGAAGUCGAUCACGGCCCUCGCCUUCUCCCCUGAUGGGAAGUACUUAGUCACAGGAGAGAGCGGCCAUCUCCCGGCCGUCAGGUUAUGGGAUGUGUCGGAGCGCAGGCAGGUCGCGGAGCUGCAGAAACACGACUAUGGCGUCUCCUGCGUGGCCUUCUCCCCCAACAGCAAGUACAUCGUCAGCGUGGGCACGCAGCACGACAUGACCAUCAGCGUCUGGGCCUGGAAGAAGGACGUGGUGGUGGCGGUGAACAAGGUGUCCAGCAAGGUGACGGCGGUGUCGUUCUCAGAGGACAGCUCCUACUUCGUGACCGCGGGAGUCCGACACAUCAAGUUCUGGUACCUGGACCCCUGCAAGCCCACCAAGGCGCUCCCCGCCGUCCCCCUAUUAGGGCGGUCCGGCCUGCUGGGCGAGUUGAGGAACACCUCCUUCUGCGACGUGGCGUGUGGGCGGGGCUCCAGCGCCGGCUCCACCUUCUGCGUGUCCUCCAGCGGCCUGCUGUGUGAGUUCAACGGCCGCCGGACCCUGGACAAGUGGGUGGACCUGCGGACGGGCGCCGCCCAGUCCCUGUCGCUGUCCGACGGCAUCGUCUUCUGUGGCGGCGCCGACGGGACCGUGCGCUGCUUCAGCCCCGCGGACCUCAGCUUCCUGGGCACGCUGCCCAGGCCACACCCCCUGGGCUCCCACGUCGGCGCCAGCAGCCCCCUCCCCAACGCCGCCGCCGCCGCCCCCGCCGCCGCCCCCGCCCCCGCCCGCUACCCGGACACCGUGGCGGUGACCUAUGACCCCGCCAGCCGCUGGCUGAGCUGCGUGUACGCCGACCACAGCGUGUACGUGUGGGACGUGCGUGACGUGCGCCGCGCGGCCACCGUGCACCGGGCGCUCUACCACGCCGCCGGCGUCUGGGACCUGCAGGUGAGACCAGGGACCCAGCCGCCUCCUCUCCCUCAUUGUACCUGGCAACCAGAGGAGAAAAAAACUGAUGACCAAUUGAUUAUACAUAAAACAAUAUCCAUCCAAGCCCCCCCUCACGUUGUUUAUUUCCUUCAGAUGUUACCGGACGUUUCUGGGCAGUCAAGCGCCGUUCCGACGGCCUCCACGUUUUUCAGUUGCUCCGCCGACAGCACCAUCCGCCAGUGGUGUACGGAGGGCCUCCGUCACGCUCCUCCCCACCAACCCCACCAACCCCACCAACCCCACCUCCUGAGCAGCGAUCUGAUGAGUGUGAUCUACACGGAUGAGAGCGCAGCCCCAACCACAACCCCCACCACCUCCAGCCCCACCACCGCCAGCCCCAGCCCCCUGCUGGAGGCAGACGGUACUGCGGGCGAUGGGGCGACCGGGGAGAACAGGGCCGGGAUCAGGAGCAUCUGCGUCAGUCCGGACGGGAAACACCUGGCCUCUGGGGACCGGAACGGCAGGCUGAGGGUUCACGACCUCGGCAGUAUGAAGGAGAUUCUGAAAGUAGACGCCCACGAAGGAGAGAUUCUGUGUCUGGAGUACUCCCAACAAGAAACAGGUCUGGAGCUCCUCGCCUCGGCCGGCAGGGACCGGCUCAUCCACGUGUUCGACGCGGGGAACGCCUACCGCCGGCUGCAGACGCUGGACGAGCACUCGUCCUCUAUCCCCGCCGUGCGCUUCGCCGCCAAGGAAAACAGCGUGAGGUUAAUCAGCUGUGGGGCGGACAAGAGCAUCUACUUCCGCACGGCACACACGACGCACUCAGGGACAGAGUUCAGGCGAUCCCACCAUGUCUCGGGGAAGACCACCCUCUACGACAUGGGAGUGGACCCCACCUGCAAGUACGCUGCAGUGGGCUGCCAGGACCGGGCCAUCAGGAUCUUCAACAUCAGCACUGGGAAGCAGAAGAAGCUGUACAAAGGCUCAGUGAGUGAAGACGGGAGUCUGCUCAAGGUCCAAAUGGAUCCAUCUGGUCUCUACUUGGCCACCAGCUGCUCAGACAAGAACAUCAGCAUCUUUGACUUCCACACAGGAGAGUGUGUAGCCAACAUGUUUGGGCACUCAGAGGUCGUCACGGGGAUGAAGUUUACCAACGACUGCACACACCUGAUCUCGGUCUCCGGGGACAGCUGUAUCUUCGUAUGGAGGCUGGCUGCUGAGCUCACCAUGAACAUGAGAGAGAGACUCUGCCAGCUGAGGACCUCACCAGGGGGGAGCCCCUCCAGCUCGGGGGGGGGCUACGGCGCUCCCGCCCAGGUGGGCCUCUCCUCCGACAGCGACCACGAACACGAGGAGGAGGAGCCUGAGGCCGAACCCGACCGACCCGACGACGGUGACUCCCUCAGCAGCACCUCAACAACAACCGACAACGCCAGCAGCAAUGGAGGGGAGGAAGCAGGUGUCACGGAGCCGACGCAGGCCUGGGAUUUCCCUAAGGUGGCGCCGUGCAGCCCUGUGUCCCCGGAGCCCGCCCACCGUCCCCGCCGACGGUGGUCCUACAGGUACAGGAUGGGCUCCCUGCAGCCCAUGGUGCGGUCCCUGCUGGACCUGAGGCAGCUGGACAGCUUCUCCUCCAUCGGGAGCCCCGAGCCGGCCCCCCGGACCCCCGCCAGCACCCUCGACCUGAGGGAGGCGCCGUCAGAGGGGAGAGCGACGAAGCCGCGGCCAUGGCCCCACCAAGACUGGCUGUUCUUCGGCUCUCCGAAAGGCUCCAAGGGAACCGACGGAGGUUCUCCGCGCUCCACAGAGAACCACAGCCGUCCGCAGGGCAGCUCCCCUCCUCUGAAUGGCCGUCCCGUCUGGAUGCAGGACUCCCGGACGGGGCAGGACGUCCGGAGCGCUGACAGCCCUGUCUCCCUGGGUUACGGCAGCAGAGUCUCCAGCCCGGACCCCCACAGCCCCCACGAUUCUGCCAGUGUGACGUCCAUUGGUGCAGACAGCUCAGACGAGGAGCGCUCGGAUCGCGGGGAGGAGGAGGAGGAGGAGGAGGAGGUGGAGGUGGUGGAGGAGAAGAGGAGGGCGGGCCGGGCGAUCAGCGUGGACGAGGCGUUGCGGGCCGUGUGCGGGCCCUUCGACCGCCAGAGCCAGCAGGGUUUCCUCAAGCAGAACUUUGAGUCGCUGGGGGACACCAGCAACAUCGCUGAUCUCGGUGGAACCCACGGACCCAGCAUUUCUUCUUGCUUCCGGGGCAACAGAAACAGGAGUGCCCCUCUGUUUGCUAAGAGCCGGGACGGCUCCGUGGCGGGGAUGGGGGGUCCCACUUCGCAGCCCCCCGUGUCUAAAGUCCGGCCGAUGCUGGAGGGGGUGGCCGACAACCAGAAGACCCCCAGGGUGGAAGGGACAAGCGGGCCAGAUGCGGGGCCGUCAGAAAGGGCCCCCCAGCAGGACUCGGGGGCCCAAAGGAAGAGUGGCCCUGUGAGAUUGCAACAAUGGAGGCCUUCCGGUCCCCCCCCGAAGGCCGCACCCCUGGCCGAGGUCCACGCCGCUUCACAGAACCCCGCUCCCGUCCAGAACCCGGCCUCACACCUGGCGCAGUGGCGCAACUGCAGCCCCGACCGCAGCAUCUCUCGGUGGACCCGGGCUCUCACGGAUCUCCCCUCCCCGCUUCCCUCCCCCUCGCACGGCUCGGCGCCCCCCUCCCCCUUGCCCUGGGCGAGCCCCCGGACCAAGGCCCGGCGCUCCUACAUGAGCCCCACCACCUCCUCCUCGUCCAAACGAAGCCACGCCUCCUCCUCCGCUCGGACUCCUCCCCCCUCCCCUCCCCCCUCCCCUCCCCCCUGCGGCGGGAGACGACGGGGCUCCCUGGACGCGGAGACGCGCCCCUCGAAGAUCCCCCUGCCCCGACGCACCCUGAGCCUGCUGCUGACCGGAGGCCACCGCCCGGAGCCGAAGAAGUCCGCGCUGCCUCGGCCUCGUGCCUCUACCCCAGUGCCCUUGGGCGCGGACCUCCCCGCCAGCAGGCCAGAACACUCUGUCACCUUGGAAACCUGUAUUCAGGCGGUGGGUGAACUCCACAACAGUCUCAAGAGGACGGUCACACUCUACAGCCUGACUCUGAGCGGGGGCUGUGAUGCCGCUGACGACCAGGAGGAGAUGAGGAAGGUGCUGUCGGAGGCCCUGGGCGCGGUGAGGGCCCAGCUGGACCCUCUGCCCUGCGGUGGGGGGGACCGGGCCGCCCUGGCCCUGCUGGAGCAGUACUCUGAGCUGCUGCUGAGGUCCGUGGAGAAGAGGCUGGACGGGAAGACCUAGGGGGGCUCACACUGGGUGUGUAGUGUGCACCCACACACACACACAUGCACAACCAUGCAUGCACGCGCAUACACACUGCUCAUGCAUGCACACGCAUACACAUGCGCAAAUGUGUGCUCAUGCACGCACAACAUUGUGCGCACACGCACAUACAUGCACAAACGUGUGCUGACACGGCUAUGUGCCAACGUGUGCGCACACACACAACCAUGCACGCACACGCACUUACAUGCACAUGCGUGUGCUGACACGUGCACGCAUACAUGCAGGCACGGUACACACACAUACAGUACACAUACACGGAUACACGUAUGCAUACACCCACACCAGCACUUUAUUUGAACAGAUAUGGUUAUGGUGUUGCUGUGUACAGAUAAUUUUAUCGAGUUCUAAGUUGCUGGACUGAUAGCGAGUGAGGUUUUAUGCCUGAAUAAUCUGAGAGAUCUAAAGAGGAAGCUACGGAAGGAAAUGAGGAAUGCCCAGAAUGCACAUCGUGCUUUAUCACUAUGUUUUGUUCUGUAAUAGCCUUUUUUUAAUGUGAAAGCCGGGCGAAUGUGCCUCGAUGUUUGGGCUCUUACCACAAGUAUUGGUCUCGGUGGACACGUAUUUAAUUAAAAUAAAUACUAUAUAGUGAGCUCAUGCCGGUUAAACCGGUCUACCCUGCUCAGUCAGAUGUUUCAUGUAACAAUGUCUGUUAAUAGUCAAUGACUAUCCCCUAUGCAAGCAUUGGCACUACCAGGUACUGACGUUUAUCAAACCAAUACAAGCUAAACCAACCGUGUUUUGGGUUGAAUCGCAGUGUCCGAGGUUCCGUUGUGAUAGAGCCAGUGUCAAACUAUGUGGUUUCAGGGUGUCAGGUUACGUUCACAAUUAGCCUAUUCUGCUAUGGUUCUUUGUUUUUAAAAUAGGAUCCCUGAAUGUGAAUAUCUUAUGAGCUUUUCUUUGGAAAGUAGUCAAUUGCAUAUGUUAUGCAGCCUGUUUUUUGUCCAUUGGAGUGUCCAUUGGAAGACUCGAGAGAAAAAAUAAAACGCAGACUUUAAAUGUACUUCUAUUUAUUGUCCUAUUCUAUAUUAGGUCACACAUUCCAUUCAAAACAACAUUUCCACUAGAUUAUGUUAUUCAGGAAGUAUAUCCUAAACCAUUGUUGAGAGCUAAUCUGUUGCAGUUUGGGAAUAUUACACACUAUAAAUGUUAAUGUUAGAAUAGACAGUCGAAUUGUAAAACUCAGCAGGCCUAAUUAAUAGUUAUUUUCACAGAGAAAUGAGCUUGCAGCAGUACAUCUUGAAAUGAGCUCAGCUCAUAAAGUAUCCGGCAGUCUAUUAUGAUGAUAACAUCAUCUAACGGUUAAAUAUGUUCAGCCCUUCUAGCGUCUGACUUGAACGUCUUUGUUAGCGCAUGCGCGGUCUGUGCGCUUCUGGGGAGACUCAAUUAUAAAACGCUCACAUGCAUUUGU